CCACGCACGGCCUGACUGCUUGGUUCCUCUCGACCAGCCAGCGAAAACUCGCCGUUGGCUCUCGCACAACGCCAACGAGCAUGGCGCCGCGCAAUCGUGGCGAGGAGCUGCUGGCGGGUGGUGUAGCGGGCAUCGUGUCUAGGACCGCCAUCGCGCCGAUCGAGCGGGUCAAGAUCCUCGUGCAGACGGGCGCCGGCCGCUCAAGUGCUGGGUACACCGGCCUGGUGCGCGAGAUGUACCAUAACGAGGGGCUGCUCGCCUUCUGGCGCGGCAACACCGCCGGCGUCGUCCGCGUCGUGCCGUACAUGAGUGCCACCUUUCUCUGCUACGAGGAGUACAAGGCUGCGCUGCUCGGCUGCGGCGCGCACAAGCAGCAGGCGGCGCUCGCGGCGGGCUCGCUCGCCGGCGUGACCGCGGUCUGCCUGACGUACCCGCUCGACCUCGUGCGCGCGGCGAUGGCCAAGCCAAGCUCGGUCUACACGUCGAUGUUCCACGCGCUGCGCUCCAUCUCUGCGGAGCGAGGCGUGGGCGCGCUGUACUCGGGCAUCUCGGCGACGGUGCUCGGUGUCGCACCGUAUGCGGGGCUCAAGUUCGCCUCGUACGAGGCGCUCAAGGGCGUCGUCGGCGCGAGCCUCGGACUCGACGAGUCGCAGCUACGCCCGUGGCAGCGCGUGAGCGCCGGCGCCCUCGCCGGGCUGCUCGCCCAGACCGCCGUCUACCCGCUGGACGUGGUGCGGCGGAGGAUGCAGAUGCACGACGGCAAGACGGCGCUCUACUCCUCCCCGUGGAGCGCCGUCGCGACCAUCGCGCGCGAGGAGGGCGUGCGAGGAGGCCUCUACCGCGGCCUCUCCCUCAACUGGCUCAAGACGAUGCCGAACGUGGCCAUCUACAUGAGUCUGUACGACAUCCUCAAGCUGCAGCUCAGGGGCAGGCUGACGCACGACUGAGGUCUGAGCGGCCGC